AUAUUAUUAUCUCAUGUCCUAAUCAAACUCGAAAUGAAAAAUCUUCACUCUUUUCUUGAUUUUUUUUUGAUGUUUAAUUUGUUUUCUCAAUUACAAAUAUGUUAUUACUGAUCUGACAUUGUUUUAAUUUUUUCGAAAUGAUUUAUCAAAAUGAGAUAGUUGAAGGGUAGUUGAUUGAUUAAUUAAUUUGAUGAUGUUUUUUGGCACUUGAAAUUAUCUCUUAUAGAUCCAUGCUUUUUUUUGUUUAUGAAUUCUAUGAUUCUGUAUAGUGGGCAGUACUCGAUGAAUGAGUUCGAUACUUAAUUAGACAGUUGAAUGAAGUCUUGAUGUUAGUAUAAAGUUUUAGAUCCAAAUAUGUUGAUGUUGAAUGAAAUUAUGAGCUCUGAACAAAGUUAAUAGAUCCACUGUGUCGACAGUUUUGAGUUUUUAUUAUUUUGUGGAAUUUACUUGAAUAGUUGACUCUGGUUGAGUAGUUGAUAGUUGAAUGAAGUUUAUCUUAGCUUCUGGGUUUUGUAUUUUGGAUCCAAUCUUAACAUAAGUGUUUUGCAUUUUGAAUGAGUUUUUGGACUUGAAAUGAGUUUGAAGCAAAGAUGGAUCUACGGUGUAGCGUAUCCCCUCAACAAUUAGGUAUUUUUUUUAAAAGAAAAAUUAUGUGUAUAUAUAGAUUGUGGAUCUCCGAACAUAAGAUUAAACAUUGGCUCAGUGGUUGAGGAAUUCAAAAUUCGGUUAGAGGUUUCAAGUUUGAAGCUCAAACACUACAUUUUUAUUUUUCGAAUCCCCUUAGUCAAAAUCAUGGAUCCGCCACGGGUUUGAAGAAUGUUAAUUGGUGCUAAUUUUUUUAAAUCUAAAUGUGUACAAAAGGUGGUGGACUGAAUCAGGUCAAACCAUUAAAUAUAGAUCUAGUUUGUAUUUCAUUCUCUCCAUCAUUGAGGUAUUAUAAUCUGUGUUUAACCGAGAUCUGCCUAAUCAUGAUAUUUCAGUUUUUCUGAGCUGUAAUGAGCAAGAUGUUAAGUGUUGUAUUUUUCUUUACUGUUCUAAUGUCCUUAAAGUGAUCAUCUUCAAGUCGGCAGUGAAGAUUAUAUGUUUGAGCUUGUACGUAAUCACCAAUGUUGUAGCAUUUUGUUAGGAAAUGAUUAAAAUUCUUUGGAGGUGGUAUACAAUAUUUGUUUAUUGGUGAACAUUCUAUUAUAUGUUGUUGGACUACACCGAAAUAUAAAAAUUGAUUCCCGUGGUCGACUUCUACUGUUGUUUCUUACUGUCUUACUAAUGAACUUUUGGAUCAGAUUUUGUUUGUCGUAACCAUGGGAUCUUACCUGAACUUCAAGAACUUUGCUGACACAUCACAACCAGAGAGCAGUGGGAAUAAUAGUAAUUCUUUUUUGGCCCAACAAUCUUCCAUAUACUCGUUUACCUUUGAUGAGCUGCAAAAUACAUGUGGACUUGGAAAAGAUUUUGGGUCGAUGAAUAUGGAUGACCUCUUGAAGAACAUUGAAGAGUCUCAAGCGUUGUCAUCUUCUGCUGCUUUAGGGGGUAAUUUGCAGAGACAGGGUUCUUUGACACUGCCUAGGACACUUAGUCAGAAAACUGUAGAUGAAGUAUGGAGAGACUUUCAGAAAGAGAGUGUUGUUGCUAAUGAUGCAAGUGGGACUGGAGGAUCAAACUUUGGGCAGCGGGAAUCUACCUUGGGAGAAAUGACAUUAGAAGAGUUUUUGGUUAGAGCAGGGGCCGUGCAAGAAGAUAUGCAACCAGCUGGAUACUCAAAUGAUGUUACAUUUGCUAGUGGUUUCACUCAACCUAGUUGUAGUGUGACCAUAGCAUUUCAACAAGCAACCCAAAACCCUGGACAUCAAAUUGCAGCGAAUAACAUAUUUAAUGUGGUCAGUACCACCACGUCUUCACCACAGCAGCCCCUUUUUCCCAAACAAACAACUGUGGAAUUUGCAUCACCCAUGCAAUUAGGGAGCCCAGGGAAAAGGCUUCCCAUGUCUAAUCCGUCUGCAAAUACUAGUAGUGUCAUGCAGGGUGGUGUUAUGACCAUGCCAGUAAAAGGAGUAUCCCCUGGAAAUCUUGAUACAUCUUCUCUUUCACCUUCACCUUAUGCAUGUGGUGAAGGUGGAAGAGGAAGGAGAUCAUGCACCUCUUUUGAAAAAGUUGUUGAGAGAAGGCGUAAGAGGAUGAUAAAGAACAGGGAGUCUGCGGCCAGAUCAAGGGAUCGGAAGCAGGCAUAUACUUUAGAGUUGGAAGCUGAAGUAGCAAAGCUUAAAGAAAUUAAGCAAGAGUUGCAGAAGAAACAGGCUGAAUUUAUCGAGAAGCAGAAAAAUCAGGUUGUUGUAUCGUGGAGGAGACAAGUCAAAGAGGACUACUGUUGGACUGGUGAAAACCUUUGCUGCAGUGGGCUUGAAUCUCCUUAAAGAGAGUGAGAUAUCCGCGCCUCAUCCUGAAGAGAUUUAUUUUUUCAUUUUAUUUUCAAUUGUAGUCUUUCAAUUUUAUUAUCUUGUAAGUUUUUUCACUAUUAAUCUUAAGGAGAUUCAAGAUGGCUACAAUUGAAAAAAUUGCGGAUGUCAAGAUGGGAGACAUCAACAAGCCAUUUCGGUUCAAUGAUAAUCAUUUUAAGAGAUGCAAGGGUAAAGUACUUUUGUACUUAAGUCUUCUCAAUAUUUCUUAUGUAUUAACCGAGAAGAAUCCAAAUAAAAAAGAUAUCACCUCUACGAAUGAUGAUAAAACUAUUUCUCAUCUAGAGAAAGUGGAAAAGUAUGAUGGUGAUUCCUAUAAGUGUCAGUAUUAUCUUCUUAAUUGUCUAUGUGAUAUUUUUUUAUGAUUAUUAUGAUAGAACUUACACUAGUGAAAAGAAAAUUUGGAAGGCAUUGCAAAGUAAGUAUGACACCGAAGAGGCUGAAGCGAAAAAGUAUGCAUUAGUAGAUUUUUUCAUUUUUAAAUGGUGGACAACAAAUCAGUGGUAGACCAAGCUCAAGAGUUUAUAAUGAUCGUUGGAGAGCUUAGGUAUGAAGAGGUUAAAAUUGGAGAUAACUUUAUUGUUGGUGGCAUAGUGGAUAAACUUCCACCUUCUUGGAAGGAAUUUCAAAAAAUUAUGCACCACAAACAAAAGGAAACUUCUCUUGAAACCUUGAUAAUGAAAAUCUGCAUUGCAGAAGAAGCAAAGGGCCAAGAUGCACUUUAACAAACAGAAGAGAACAACAUCACAACAAAUGUAAAUUUAAUAACUUCGAAUAGUGCUACUCCUGAAACUCACAAAAAUACUUCUUUAAAGCCUAGAAAGAAAAAAUUCAAGAAAAAUAAUGAUAGUCAUCCCAAGAAAAAUAAUGGUGGAAAUCAUCAAGCACAAAAUCAUCAAGUUCAAGAAAAGGGAUCAUGCUUUGUUUGUGGCAAGAGUGGGCAUAUUGCUCGAUUUUACAGAUUGCGGAAAUGUGGUCCUAACCCUCAGACAAAUGUUAUCGAAGAACCUUUUGUGGCGGUGAUUAUCGACAUAAACAUGGUUGAGAAUGUUGAUGGAUGGUGGGCUGAUUCUAGUGCAAACCGUCAUGUGUGUUGUGACAAAGACUGGUUUAAAAAAUAUACUCAUGUUGAGGAGCCCAAAAUCAUCAUGCUUGGUGAUGCUCACAAUACUCAAGUGCUUGAAAAGGGAGAUGUUGAGUUGUGUUUUACUUCUGAAAGGUUAUUAACAUUGAAAGAUGUACUUUAUACUCCUUCUAUGAGAAAAAAUUUGAUGUCUAGUUUUCUUC